AUUUACUUCCGUGUUUCUUCAACGUCGCUCAUGACCCCCUCCCCGGUUUGAACGGGGACCAGCCGCUUUCCCAGCACAGAAUUCAGAGGUUUCAGCUCUGAACAUUUCCAGGUUCCCAGGGUCCCCCUCCCUCUCCAUGUGGGAUUCCUGAUGGGCAGCUGGUCCCGCGUAGCCGUGCUGGAGCUGUACCGCGCGCUGCUGCGUGCAGGGCGCCAUCUUCAGUACACUGACAGAAACUACUAUCGUCAGGCAGUGGCUCGCGAGUUUCGGCGCUGCCAGGCCCUGACGGUCGCCGAAGACAAGGAGGAAGCUCUGAAGAGGGGCCAGUUCUUCCUGAACAGCAGGCUGGGUGGGCUUAUGUAGGAAGGAGAGACCACCCGGGCCAUCAGGAGGUUGGUUAGAGAGGAAUUCUCUCGGGAUGGCGGGGGUAAACGGGGACGGUAAAGGAAAAAAAGACGACAAUGGAAUUGGAACAGCAAUCGACUUCAUGCUCUCUAAUGCCAAGCUGGUGCUGGGGGUGGGAGGGGCAGCCAUGCUUGGUAUCGCCACACUGGCUGUCAAAAGAAUGUAUGACCGUGCCAUAAGCGCCCCCACCAGCCCCACCAAGAUGCAUCAGGGUGGAAAGAGGAGCUGGGAGGAGCCUGCGUGGAUGGGGUCGUCGCCACGGGUUCUGAACCACAGCAUGAAGUCCACAGUCAGCAGGUCCCUCCAGACUCUGCCCACUUCCUCACAGGCCUGUGAACCAGACCGUUUGCGCAGAGCUGUGGGUCGCUCUGCAGUUGGAGGAAGUGGCGCCUGUCAGUCGGACCUGCAGCGAGCUCGCAUGCGCCUGUCCCUGCAGGAGCGUCUGUGGGAGUUCUACCAAAAGCACGUCAACAUCCCGGCAGAGGAGCAGACGGUAGCCAGGAGGGCGGCGCUGGACAUCUGUGCGGAGCUGAGAGUGUUCCUUCACGCCAAGCUGCCCGACAUGCCGCUCAGAGAGAUGUACCUCAGUGGAAGCCUGUACGACGACCUCCAGGUGGUGACAGCGGACCACGCCCAGCUGAUGGUGCCUCUCGUCUUGGAGAAGAAUUUGUGGUCGUCUAUCCCAGGAGAGGACACGAUCAUGAACGUCCCGGGUUUCUGGCUCGUCCGCAGGGAAAACCUGGAAUAUUUUCCGAGGAAUAGCAGCUACUGGGACCGCUGCAUGGUCGGAGGUUACCUCUCCCCUAAAUCUGUCCUUGAAGUCUUUGAUAAGCUCGUGGGCUCCAUCAACUGGCCGGCUAUAGGGAGUGUCCUGGACUACAUCAUCCGUCCCGUGGUUCCCUCUGAGACUUUGACCCUGGAGGUCCAGUACGAGACGGACCGGACUCUGUACGUGGACUUCCUGCCUUUGCUGGUGAUGGGGGAUGGAACCUCGCUAAUUGCCAAACCACACCGGCUCGCUGCAGAGCGCCACGAAAACCUGUGGCGGCAGAGCUUCCGCGUGGCUGAGACGGCGCGCCUCCGGGCUCUGGAUCAGGAGGACGGAGGCUGCCGCUCCACCUGCCUGAAAGUGGCAAAGGCCGUGUGCAAGCUCCACCCUGCCCUCCACCGGCUCAACUCCAGCCAGCUCACCAACGCCAUCCUACUGCUGAGUGAGAAGGAGGGGGACUGGACCCAGGAAGCGCUAGCCGACCGCUUCCUUCAGCUCCUGCGGGCUCUAGUGGGACACCUAGAGGCUGGGAGGCUCCCCUGCGCCCUAAGCCCCAAAGUUAACUUGUUUUGUGAGCUAACUGAGCAGGAAGUAGACGAGCUGGGGUACACGCUGUACUGCGCUCUGUCCGAACCUGAGGGGCUGCUGAAAACGACGCAGUGAGAAAACCCAUGCAUGGAAACGCCCCCAUUCCUUAUGGAAAACCGCUGUCCUGAUCCUGUGCAGCCACAUGUUUAAGACCGUAACAGUGUUUUCACUCUGUGACACAAAUGUUUUCAUCCUAUAGAUGUGGGUGGGCAUCCUUAAAGCCAUUGUAUUAUCAAGUACAGAGGCGGGGCGCCAACUACUGGAAAAAGGUAGCUAGCAGGGGAAAUUGGGUAAGGAGGAUUUCUGGGUCAAAGUUCAUGAAAAGGUUGAGAACUCCUGAAAGAAAGGAAUCAUCAGUGAUCCACACACUGAAGGAUUUCUGAAAUCUUACUCGGUAAUGCAGCUGCUGAGCUCACAUCUGCUGCCUGCAUUAUUGAAACAUAGAAAAAGGACGCACCUACAAAUAAAGAGCAGCCCCAUGCUGUGAGAGGUGGAGCCAACUGUGGAAUGAUGGGAAACGGUGCAGCACUUCAUUGUGUUUUUUCACAACUGGUGUUGUACUCGUGGCAUUUUUCCAGGAAUUGACCAUAGAAAUGUGGAGUCAUGCUGCUGGGUUUUUUGCUUUAAUUUCCUCCUUGCUCUAAAGUUGUCUUCAGGAGGCGGAGUUUUCUCACUAAAUGAUUUUGACUCUGAAGUUUGAAGAGGCUUGAGCGCCAAGGAGCUCAGCUGUGAUGGGUUUGUGCGUUAGUCUCAUUAAGUUAAGCUGGAGUUUGCUCUCAGAAUAGUACGGUGCACUCUGCACGUGAAACCCUGAUCGGCUCAUACCCAGCAGCCAGACGGGAACCAGGUACUGGUUAUGUAACUACAGCUACUUCAGCCAAACUUUCUGUUCAGAUUUCAACUCAGUCGAAAAGUCGUUUUUGUGAAAACGUCAAGAAUGUCCUGGUUUCUUUUCCCAUUUAGUGAAAAUAUUUACAAAAAAACAUCCAGAGAUAAAAAUCCUCUAACUCCCAACUCAGUGGUCUGUAUGGUUUCUGUGCAAUUAGUCAUCAAUAUGAUGGAGAGGUAAAUAUUUUUCUAUUUAUUAUGCAUUUGUAACCAAAAAGAUGCUAUUUAUUUUCACUGUACCUGUCCAGUGUAAGUGCUUUGUUCUGGCUGUACCAAUAUAACGCGAUCAUACAGAAUAUUUUGUCCUGUCAAACAUCAGAUCCUCCUGAGUGUCGGGGUAGCAGGGGUAUCACUGUGCCACACGAUGGAAAAGCAGCUGCUGGGACGGCAGACGGCCACACGCUGGGGUGCACGUCAGUCUGCCGUCAGUCCAGUCGCUUCUUUUUUCCUCUACAGGAAAUUGCUUGAAAACUGGAUCAGAGUUGAAUAAACACAUCAAAUUACAAA